CGGCGGACAGGCGGGACAAAGCUCUUGUUCAGCGGCUGCUUGUCUGUGAAGCGAACCGUUGUCUCUGUCUCCGCCUGGGACAGCAGCUGAAGACGGAGUCGCGACUUUUGAAGUUAGCCUCAAAAUCAAGAGGGUUACUUUAAUAUUAAUAUAACUCGAAGACAGGUUCAUUUUCUGACGGACAUAUUGUUUUUUUCUCAACUGCUCCAAACUUUCAGAGGGACAGUUUUGACAGGAAACGUACUGGUUCAAUCCCUUUCAACGUCCCCCAGUUUGUGACUCUUUGAAUGAUGUUUGACAAGCAGCACUACGACAGUCCGCCUGUCUACAGUCCUCCUUUCCGCCCACCAUCCAACAACGGCUUUGGCCCUCCAGGCAGCUUCAAUGCCCCUCAGAGCGAGUACAACGCAUACCCACCUCCGCCGGGAUCUUACUACAUCGAGGACAAACCACAGCACUUCUACAAAUGGCUGUCACCUCCGGGGAUCAUCAAGGCCAUGAUGGCUACAGUGAUCGUGUUGUGUGUGGCGAUCUUUGCCUGUGUUGCCUCCACUCUCAUGUGGGACAUGCAGUAUGGAAUGGGAAUGGGGAUGGGCUAUGGCAGUGGAUACGGCGGCGGUAGCUACGGCUCAGGAUACGGUGGCUAUGGAGGAGGUUAUGGAGGAGGUUAUGGAGGAGGCUACGGCGGCGGCUAUGGCUAUGGUGGCGGCUCCUACAUCUCACCUUACUCAGCCAAAACUGCCAUGAUUGCCAUGGCAGCCAUUAACUUCAUAGGGGCACUGGCCUUCUUCAUCACCAGCUUCUCUAAAUCCAACACUGUCCGCAGUAGAAAGUUCUUUCUGGCCCUCAUGAUAGGCAGCAUCAUCAUGGCUGUCCUGCAGGGCAUCAUAAGCAUUGUCUACAUUGUCGGGGUGAACCCCAUGGCCCAGGGCUCCUCCAGUAUGAUGUACAAUCCGAUGCUUAUGAUGUGCCAGAACCUCUACCAGACUAGCUACUCACAGAUGGGAGGAGUGGGAGGUUUCCCCAUGUACAACCAGUAUCUCUACCAUUACUGCUUUGUGGAUCCACAGGAGGGAGUUGCCAUGGUGUGUGGAUUCCUGGUUGUCAUCGCUUUCGGUGUUGCGGCUUUCUUUGCACACAAAACAAGAGGGAAGAUCUGGCGCUACGGGAAACCAAACAUUUACUGGGAAGAGCCUCUUGUUGGCGGGAAGGCCUCGGAGGGCAGAGACGUAGAGGAAUGGGUGAACAAUGUGGAGGAAAGCCGCAGUGUUCAAGACGCCCCGACCCUGCUGGUGUCAGAGAAGGGAGCCGGGCUGCUCAACGCCUCAGCAAACAGUGUCAUCUCUUACCCCCCAGCCAAGGUGGACAGCAGCUCCUAUAAUGAGGACACCCUCCUCGGCAACAAUGAGUACUCAGAGAGGACCACCAGCAGACCAUCAGAAGCCUUCUCCCACGGUGGACGAACCAGCUCAAGCCCUUCAGAGGAGACUGGCGGGGGCCGCAAACCCUCUGCCAAUAGGGGCAAGAGACGCAGACGUAACCCCGACUUCGAUGAGUCUCAGUAUGAGACAGAGUACACCACAGGAGGAGAAACGGGCAACGAACUCGACGAAGAUGAAUGGGAGAACACAUACCCAGAAAUAAGAUCUGAUGCUCAGCGUCAUGAGUAUAAGAGAGAGUUUGAUGCCGACCUCAGGGAGUACAAGCGCUUAUGUGCUGAGAUGGACGACAUUAACGACCAGUUGAACAAACUCAGCCGGCAGCUGGACACACUGGAUGACACCUCUGCGAAAUACCAGGUUGUAGCAGAUGAGUAUAAUCAGUUGAAGGAUCUGAAGCAGACAUCAGACUACCAGUCUAAGAAGAGAGAGUGUCGCAGGCUGAGACACAAACUGUUCCACAUCAAACACAUGGUGAAGGACUACGACAAGACCCACUGAGGAACCCACUGAGCCCUGAAACUCACACAGCAAACACUAACGGACGCACAGACCAAGAUACACUCCAAAAUACUACACAGACUCUGUGACAUGCCGAGACCAAAGUUA